AUGGGCCUUUCACCUGAGCAAGGUGUUCAAGUUUCAGGGAACGUGUCUCUUCUUAAGGAGACAGUGGGAAAUUAUCAAGUAGAAACCACUCUCCCUGCUAGUUUGGAAGUUGAAACUUUUGUUGUUGUUUUUGCUGCAGUUUUGGCCUAUAGAGUGGCGACUAAGAAGGAAGAAAACUUGCCACAAGUACCCAUUUGGAAGAAGGAUGACGAAAAAGUGGCAAGUCUAAAUGCUGCAACGUCGGUAAAAGAAGUUCUUCAAAGAUCUGGGAGUAAAGUUAAACUUGAUGACUCAGAUCAAAGAACCCCUGGAGGGAAAUUCAAUUUCUGGGAAAUGAAGGGAGUUCUUAGAAUCGAAAUUGGUCCUCGUGAUGUGUCUAGUGGUAGUGUGGUGAUAUCCAUGAGAGAUAUCCCUGGGAAGCAAGGGAAAGUGUUUGGAAUCUCUAUGGACCCUUCAAAUUUGGAGGCUUAUGUUAAAGACAAGUUGAAUGUGAUACAGUCGAUCUUCUCUUUUGGAAAGGGCAAUGCAUUUCGGGACAGUAAUAUUGUAGAUGUGAGCACAUACGAUGAUCUUAAAGUUGCAAUAUCACUAGGCAAAUGGGCCAGGGGCCCUUGGUCUACAAGUCAUGAAGAUGAGUUAAAAGUAAAAGAGCAAACUGGAGCAACUAUUAGGUGUUUUCCUUUUGAACAGCCGCCAAGGAUUAAAAGAUGCUUGAUGACUGGAGAUCCUGCUGAAGAAGUGGCUAUUUUUGCCAAAUCUUACUAACACUGCUAGCUUGUUUAUUCUUUGAAAUCCCAAAUAAUAUGACCUGCAAGCGGGUACUUGUACUUAAUUUUUGUUUAAAUUUUUACUCGCUUUUUUGAAAAGUCAAUUUCUUGUUAUAACUUAGGCAAGUCAGUUAAGAAAACCACAUAAUAUAUUGAUUCAGUCCUUCAAUUUGUUGUCUGUUGUCUUUGUUUAGAAAGAUAAUUGAGUUGAUACUGUGCUGGGUAGAAUUUG